AUGGAACAGGAACAGGCAGAUCGAACCACUGACGUGUUGAGCCUGGACGACAACUCUCUCGAGCAGAUGAAGAACACCUACCGGCAGCGACCGGCUUUCACCCCCGUGACUGAUGCCGACCCCAAUGCCAACGAGAUCCACUCAGGGGAGACUGGCUCGGGAGAGAGAGGCUGGAAGGAUGGGAGCCCGGUGCCCCCACUGGUGUCCCAGAGAGACACCCAGGAACGUAUCAUCCUUUGGGACUCUGACGCUGAGUGCCAGGGCAUCUCUCUGGAGGAACUGGAGCUGCUGGAAUGCCAGGAGGUGGAGGAGUUCCUCGUCAAAAGCGGGAAGACCGCAGAGUACCGGAAUGUCAGAGGGGAAGGACGCAUGAAAGGUGUGCUGCUCGACAGACAACCCAAGACCACUAACACCACCACUACUUGUAGUAGUACCACCAGCAAUAGCGGCUCUGGCUCAGCCAACAGUAGAGGCUAUCAGCAAAACAACAACAACCACUGGAGAACCGGGGGCAGCGUGGAGGAGUUGGAGUGUGCAGUUGCGCAGUCGUACGCUCAGUCGGAGAGCCUGCGGAAGGCCCGCUCCAACUCCGAGGGCAACGUGUUCGCCUCGUCCUCCUUCUCCGCUGUGCCUAACUUCAGCAGUAGCCUGGCCAGUGCUCUGGACAGCACCGGCAGCCAUGCGUCCCAGUACGCCUACCCUACCUCAGCCCAGAACCAGAGCUGGAGCCAGCAGCACCAGCCAGCCCGAGGCCCGGCACUCCAAGUGGACCAAAACCACAACACCAUGCUGCCUCAGGGAAGGGGCCCGGGACCACCCGGCGCUCACGUCCAGGGCUACGCCGUCGCACAAAGCAAUGCAAACAGGAAGCACCUGCCACGGAGGCUGGUGGCCCCCAAGCAGAGGCUGGAGGACGUGUUUGGGAAAACGGGAGACUGGAGGCAGGAGGUCGGCGGCAGGCAGCAGACCAACGGAGCUUCCGGCGAGAGGAAGAAGAGUUGCGACGAAAGGGUGCCGCCGUGUCGCCGGCAGCUCGUGCGGCCAUUUCUACCCGAAACCAAACCGGAGCACGUGUCUUGGGCUCCGCCUGAUCCAGUUCCCCAGCAGCCAGCAUACUCCCCAGCAGAAGGGCGCCACAGCAUCAGUCAUAACCAGCAUCUUGUCCACAGGGUCGCCUCGCAGGCCAACGGCAGCUCCCAGUACUCAGUCCAAGGCUCAGGGUCACUGAAGGGCACGUCGAGCCCAGCGGGGCCCUGCUCCAGCCUGGAGAGAAAGGCUCCGAUCACUCCCAGGCUGUGCCGGAGCCCCAGUGGGGCCGAUUCUCCCCCGUCCCCCCGAGACACAGGGUCCCCGCGGAGAUACGCGCCCACGUCCCCUCCCAAACCUCCGCAGCGGGGAUACGCCAGCGCCGCCACCACCACCACCACCACCACCAGCAGCUUCCUACGGGCGCCUGUCAGGACCAGCCUGGGCAUGGGCAUCCCAACCAAACCACCUGUCCAGGACCGUCCGCAAGCGUCGCCUCACGAAAAGUCGUCCUCACCACCCAAGUGCCCGCCGAAACCCAAGACAGUUCGGCCGAAGAUCAUCACGUAUGUCCGCAAGGGUCCAGGUCCGUCCGCAAAGCCUCAGUCCCUGGAGGGUCCUCCUCACCAGGUGUCGUCCCUCCCCUCGCGGCUCAGCUCCUACCCCAGCCACCAGGCCCCCUGCGAGGCCAAGUUUAGAGGUGAGGACUCUCACGCUGGGCCGGUUCUCAGUGCCUCCAACCUGCUGUUUGAUAAAUACCGGCAGGAAAUGCAGAAGGCUCAGCAGCAGUUCAACCCUACUGGUAUGGCUGUUUCAGGGAGCAAGACCCCCAGCUAUACCAUACCCCACAAACAGGCCAGUAGAGCAGACAGCUUCUAUGGGUCUCUCAACAGCAAGUACAUGCCUGGAGGGCUGUAUCAUUCGCAGAUGAACAGACCUUCAGGACAGUUUGGAAGUUUGGGCCCCAGACAAGCCUCAGGGUCCGAAGGAGCCCCUCAGAGGGCUUUGAGGCCCCAGCUAGGAGUUGCAGGUGCCGUGAGAGGCCCGACCAACUCUGCCUCCAAGAACCGCACAUUCCCAGCAGCAGGUCAAAAUCAACCGGUGCAGGCCGUCAGCCCGGCCCCACAGAACCUACAAAACACCUCUGGACCACAGGCAGACCUGAAGAAACCCUCUGGGAGUCUGAACUCCAAGUCCCAGCUGCCCAAACCGUCUCUGUCCGGUCUGCGGCCCCCAGGCUACUCCCGGUUGCCCCCGUCCCGUCUGACCGCCUUCGGCUUCGUGCGCAGCUCCAGCGUGUCGUCUGUCUCCAGCGCCCACUCCGGAGACAGCGUCCGCAGCGACCCGUGCAGACCAGCCUUCCGCCCCAGCAGUGUGAGCGAUGAGCCUCCGUUCCACAGGAUCAUCUCCCCAGCACCAGGGGGCGCUACUCGGGCGUCCUAUCAGGGCAGCCCCCAGCCGCCUGCCACCCCCGCUCUCAAACGCCGCUCUCUCCUCCCACCACCUGCCACCGCUUCCAAGAAGGAACUGCAGAAGAAUUCAGAAAUUGCACGACCAGCUUUAUCUUCCCCAAAACGACUAGCAGUGGUCUCCCCCAAACCUCAAUCACCAGUCCCCAGCAGACCGAGGCCCGUGGCGGCCGUCCAGAGGGUGACCCUCAGCACCUCCCCCGAGAAGAAUGCUCCGGAGCCGCCCGCGCCUCAGAAGGCGGGCCCCUCGGAGGAGGAGGUGCAGCGUCUGCAGGAGCGCUGCGAGGAGCAGGCCAGGCAGCUGGAGCGGAUGCGGGCCGAGCUCAAGAAGACCACGCUGGGCCUGGAGGCCUUCGCCAUCUGCACACAGCACCUGUGUCUGCAGAGCCAGACAGCCUCUGAGAGGGAGAAGGAGCUCUCUCUGGAGUUGGACAGGAUUAAGGAUAAAGUGGCCUGCAACAGGGAGCAGUUGGAGCACGUGGAGAAGGAGAAGGCGGAGCUAGAGCUCAACUUCCACCAGGAAGUGCAGGGGCUGCAGGAGAAGCAGGAGGCGGAGCUUACGGCCCUGGAGGCGGAGCUUGAGAGCCGUCACUCAUCCGAGCUGGAGCACCUCAGGGCCGAGUAUCAGUCCGAGGUGGAGGAGCUGAGGACACAGCAGCAGGAGCAGAUUGCUGAGAUGAGUGUGAAUCAUGCGUCUGCCAUGGAUGAGCUGAAGACCAUGCAGAACUUCACCAUGGCGACUCUGCAGGAGGAGCACACCCGCACCAUGAGAGACCUGAGGAAAGCCCAUGAGCAGCAGAAGAGCAAACUGGAGGAGGAUUUCCAGCAGUUUAGACUCUCACUACAGGACCAGGUGGACACCCUGACGUUCCAGAACCAGACGCUCAAAGACAAGGCCAAGAGGUUCGAGGAGGCGCUCAGGAGGAGCGCUGAUGAGCAGAUAGUGGAUGCCCUAGCCCCUUACCAGUACAUAGAGGAGGACCUGAAGAGCUUGAAAGACGUUCUGGAGAUGAAGAACCAACAGAUUCAUGACCAGGAGAAAAAGAUUUCAGAGCUUGAGAAAAUGGCCCAUAAGAACGUGGCUCUGGAGGAGCGGGUCCAAGUGCUGCAGCAGCAGAAUGAGGACCUGAAGGCUCGCAUUGAUCACAACCUCAGCAUCUCCAGGCACCUGUCGGAGGAGAACGCCACGCUGCAGGUGUCGGUGGAGAAGGAGAGCAACGAGAAGAAGCGGCUGAGCCGCAACAACGAGGAGCUGCUGUGGCGCCUGCAGAUGGGCGAGCUGAGCCCCCGCAUGAUGUCGCCCUGCGCCUCGCCCAGCCACCGCGCCGCCACCGCCGCCUUCUUCCCGGCCUCCGCCGAGAUCCCCCCGUACACCUACUCGCCCGGCCCGGGGACCCCCAUCCACGGCUACUCGCCGGGGCCCGCCACCCCCGUCCACGGGUUCUCGUCUGGGCACGGGACCCCCACCCACCGGGCCCUGCCUCUCUCCGGACCGGGCAGCCCGGUCCCCAGGUGCUCCCCAGCCAGAGCUCUGGCUCCCUGUGUCAACACACAGUAGUGGUGCAAGGCGUGGAGGAGUGUGUGUGUGAAUGUGGACCAUUACAGGUAUACCUCCCUCCCAUCCCCCCCAGCACUGACUCAAAGGAGCUACGCUAACAGCAUACUGCCAGAUAGACCUGAGCUACCAGCUUCUCUCUCAGAUCUUUUUUUUUUUUUUUAAACUCUUCAUCACGCAGAGCCCAGAGACAAUGGUUUUCUAUUUGUUUUUAUAGUCUGACUUUCAAGCAGUAAACAGGGUGUGUGGGAGAGAGAGGUAGAGAGAGAGAGUCAGAGACUUUCAGACUAGAGUAAGAGAGGUGCAGAGGAGAACGAGAUAAUUGUGCAGUAAACUGGGAGACUGGGAAAUGAGAACGAGAGAAGUAUGAGAGAGAGAGAGAGAGAGAGAGAGAGAGAGAGAGAGAGAGAGAG